AUGGUGGUGGGCACAAGUGAUGGUGUGAUGGGCUGUUGUUUGCCCCGAAUCGGCGCUCCGGCGGCCAAAACGGACGGAUCGGACAGUGAGUCGAGUAUUGGAGAGCAAAGCCGACGCUCCAAACGGAUUGACCAGAUGUUGGCGAAGGAGAAACGGCUGAUCCGUAAAGAGGUUAAGCUGUUGUUAUUGGGCGCCGGAGAGUCUGGAAAGUCGACUUUUGUCAAACAAAUGAAGAUUAUUCACAGCCAAAGACACUCUCUUAUCGAUGACAUGAGUGACACCAAUGCUGUCCAGGAAUACAAAGACAUUAUCUAUAAGAAUAUCAUUAAAGGGAUGCAAGAAUACAAAGACAUUAUCUAUAAGAAUAUCAUUAAAGGGAUGCAAGUGUUGAUCGACGCCCGCAUCAAACUCGACAUCCCGUGGGGUCGACCCGACAGUGAGAUUCACGCCCAACACGUGUUUGCCUGCGAUAAUAGACAAACAAUUAGUCAACACGUGUUCACACAAUAUGUGCGGCCCAUUGGCCUCCUCUGGACCGAUGAGGGCAUCAGACAUGCCUUUGAGCGCAGGAUUGAGUUUCAAUUGAGCGAUGGCGUCCGAUAUCUGUUUGAUAACAUCGACAGAAUCGGUGGCGAAGACUAUUUACCCACAAAUCAAGACAUACUGUAUUCUCGAAAGGCGACCAAAGGUGUGACCGAAUACAGUGUCACCAUAAAUAAGAUUCCGUUCCGUUUCGUAGACGUCGGCGGACAGCGAUCGCAACGCCAGAAGUGGUUUCAGUGCUUUGAAUGCGUGACGAGUAUACUGUUUAUAGUGUCGUCUUCAGAGUACGAUCAGGUGCUGCUCGAAGACCGCCACAAGAAUCGGCUCCGGGAGUCACAGAACAUCUUUGACACGAUUGUCAACAACCGGUGCUUUCAAGAA